AUGCCGACCUCAAGUGCGGGCUCGCGCGUGAAUUCUGCGUGGGGGAGUGACGAGUUGUUGCAGCUCGUGCAGGCGUGGGAGGAAGUCGUGGACGACCCGAAGAACCGCCUGUUACUGUCCACUGGAGAACGCUCAACUUUGCACGCACGGUUUUGCGCCAUUGCAGGCUCUGACAAGCGCAGUCUGUCGUCGGUGACGCGUCAACACCAUCGACUGUGCAUGUCGUACCGUUUGAUUGUAGAGACCAACAAACGGAGCGCGAAGAAGAAAACGCCCGCGUGGUUCGACCUCUCGACGGCCGAGCAGCAAGAGCUGCGUCGGGCGUAUACCAAUACUGAAAAAGGGGUGACGGUGAUCGACUUUGACUUGUUCCAACGCCUGGACCGCAUGUGCGGCGGCCAACCCGUCGCAACGACGAAUGGGACAACAAAAUCAACGGCGCCAUCGAAGACGAAAUCGAAGAUCAACUUGGUCAAGCAGAAACACUGUCGAAAGGAUAGCUCCAACCUGGAAGAGGAUAUGUUGGACACCUUGAAAAGCACGUGGACAGCACGUGACUGGGCCUUGUUCGUCGAUGCGUGGCAAGAAGCUGUAGACGAUUUUCUCGACAUCGGCAACGAACCGGACGAGAAGGUCAGGUUGCCUAACUGGCUCAUCCGACAAAAGUUUAUUGCACUCGGUGGGCCGCGAGACACGUCCGUAGGCUCCAUCACGGCAAAGAAACGGUGUAUCAUCCAGUCGUAUCACUUUAUCUGUCAAUGCGUGGCGGGCUUGGACGCGUUAGACCAGUCGGAUUGGUUCGAACUCACGUUCAACGAACGAUUCCGACUGCAGCGGAAGCUCGUAAGUCCCAAGUCGAGUCAGCGAGUGGGGUGCGAGAUUGACCGCGACACGUUCCAGAAAGUGGGUGUCAUCAUCAAGAAGGAGGAAGAACUUGGAACGGUGUUGGCCCCGGGUCACAAACGGAAGCGGAGCCACAAGAAGAAGGUCCGCAAACAGUCCAUGUCGUCUGAAACGUCUUCAGAGAGUUCUUUACCGCAAUCGCUAACCUCAUUUUCGUCUCGUGGCGCUGACGAGGUGUCGGAGCCGGAUUCGCAGAUGCAAAGCCUGGACCCUUCAGCUGAGGUUGAGGGGAUGCUCGUGGAUGAACAGGUCGUUGAGGCGCUACUUAAGGCGCAGAAUGCCCGCUUUGAACAGCUAAUGCACGAGUUACGUGAAGAGCGGAUGGAGGAACGUAAACAAAAUCAAGCUAUGCUGCUGGAGAUUUUGUACCAGAGGACCCCGUCAGAAGACUGUAACCAGAACGUGUCAGACAUGGAGUCUCUGGUAGAAAAGCAGCAGGAGCAGCUCAUGGAUUUGUUCUCACAGAUGCACAGGGAGCGACAGCAAGAGAGAGAGGAUUUCCACGCGUUGGUGCGUCAGCUGUGCGCCCUGCCGAGAUCGUAG